GCGAAUGAAGGGAAGGGUAGCGGGGUUCUUCGUGUGCUGUUGCUAAGAUAGCUUCGGCUUGUGUUUCCCUGCGACUGAGAAGAAAAGGCGGUUAUUGUGUCCUCCACAGUGGAACUCAUAAAGGCCUUUUUUCUAGCAGGGUCUCCAGAGGGACUCACUCACUUUCUCUCUCUCUCUCUCUCCCCCCCCCCCCAUAUCAACCACCCCACCCCACCGGCUUCCAUGAGUGUGUGAUGUCUCUGGGCUCCAUUUAAUUUUUAAAAUCUCAGCCCUCAUAAAUGCACGUCUCUUCCUUCAGCUUCCCCGAAGGCCCAUUUUUAUGGUGAAGAUCAAUACAGGCCAUGGUGAAACUGGCUGCCAAAUGCAUCGUGGCGGGUGAUUCAACUGUGGGGAAGACUGCUUUGGUCCAGAUGUUCUGUAAUGAUGGGGCUCAUUUUCAGAAAAACUAUACCCUGACAGUAGGAGUGGAACUAUUGGUGAAGACAGUACCUAUUCCAGGAACAAAUGAUAGCGUGGAACUUUUCCUCUUUGAUUCAGCAGGCAAAGAACUCUUUUCUGAAAUACUAGAUAAAUUGUGGGAACAGCCCAAUGCCCUGUGCCUUGUGUACGAUGUCACCAAUGAGCAAUCUUUCAAUAACUCUGCUAAGUGGCUAGAAAGGCUGAGAAUCCAAACAACAGGCAUUCGUAUUCCAGGUGUCCUGGUGGGCAAUAAGAUUGAUUUAAGUGAUAGGAGAGUUGUAGAGCGCAAACAAGCACAACAGUGGGCAGAAGCAAAUGGCCUGGAAUACUGUGAAAUAUCAGUAAAAGAGAUGGAAAAUUUUGAAGCUCCUUUUCACAUUGUGGCAAAUUCUUUCCACCAAUUGUACAAAGAGAAAGUAGAAAUUUUUCAUUCAUUGGUAUGAGGUGUCCUUAAGUACAAUAUGGUGAAUUAAAAAGAAAACACUCUAACAGGCAAAAUCAUUUGAACAUGGAAAGUAGGUUUUUGUUGUAUGGUCAUUUGCUUUCCAUCAUAGAGAAUUAUAAUUCUUCAACUAUUAUUUCAGAUUUCAUCUGCUUAUUUGUUUUUCCUAUGAUGGACCUUUUUACAAGAAACAUUGUUUUUGGUUAUCAUUUUUACAUGAAUUGAGCGUUUAAAUAUUGUGAAAUAUUUGACAAAUUUCAUAAGGAGAAAUCUAUCAAAAUUAACAAACAUGCCAUUACUCUGAACAUUUCAACAACUCGGACAAUCUGUUUCUUACAAUUGAGUUAUAUCAGGUAAUUUGUUAUUCAGAAAUCAAUAUAAAAGAUAUAUUUCAACUUUAGUUUUCUAAAGGUCAAAAUUCUUAAUCCUUAAAAAACUUUUCUUCUGUAACUUUUUUUCUGCCAUCUCAAAAUAUCAUUUGGUGGAAUUCUAUUUGUAUGUUAGUAAUUAAAACCAUUCUUAUAGGCCUUUUUUGUUGCCUUUUCUAACUUCAGGGGUACCAAUUAUUUUAAUGGAGGAAAAAGGUUGAGACACCACUUUGCAAAAUGUCAUUCAUAGUACUAUAUUCUAAAAAUAUUGCAGGUUAGUAGAUCAAUUUUCCAGGGUUUUUUCAUAUCUUACUAGUAUUCAUAUCAUAAAACUAACUGGUGGACUUUUAACAUCAUUAUAAUGGUAUACAAAGAAUCUGCUGGGAAUAAUAAAGAAUGUGUUUUUUAAACUGAAAAAUUAUACUGGAAAGACUUGUCAUAAUGAGCUGGGGGCUCAGAGCAGGUCAUUGCACAUAGUUCCAAAAGAUCCUAUUGUUGUUGUUUUUAAAAAGCCUUUCAAUAAUGAUUCUGCCAGCUAGAAAUGGGACAGAUAUCCAUCAUAGAUUUAAUUUCAAACAAAAAUUAUAGAAAUCCACAGAUAUUGAAUUUGGCAUAUCUUACUACAUACAAAAUGAGUGAACCAAAAAUGAAGUUGGUGCAUUGCUUGGGUAAAUUUGAAUUAUAUGAAAAAGGUAGGAUUUCAGACUAUCAGGUCUUCAAUGCUACCAGAGGAGAACACAUUUUAUUCCUGUUGCAAGAAAUGGAUAGUUCUGCCUAAGUCUACUUGCUUCUAAUUUACUUGAGUUGCUUUCCAAAACAUUGCUCUUCUUGAACUAGCUUGCUUUCUUUUUUUCUUGUAUGGCUGCUCAGUGCUCUUUGCAAAAGGUCAUCUGGCUCAUUAAGAAAGCAAAAUCUGCAAUUUAAAGACCAUAUCAAAUGUUUUUAACAAGUUUGAGUUGAAUAGUUAGGUCACAAGCUACAGUAUUCUGAGUGUAUCAAUAUUUAAUUAAAUGUAUCUUUCAGAUUUAAAUCUAUUAACUAUACCCUAGAGCUGUGCACCUUUCCUGACCACCUGAAUCUGUAUGUUUAGACACAAAGCAAUUUUAAAUUACCCUUGAAAUUGCUGCACAAAACCUUUGAGAGAUACAGCUUUGACGCUUGAGCAGUAGGUUUGAUGGCACGCUUUGGUUAUUUCACAAAGUGCUUUGCACAGCCCAGCUGUACCCUGCUGUAUUCCACAUACACUUAUUAAUAUUAAUGUUGCUACAUAUUGCUGGAUACAUAUUGCUGAUAAGAGAUCAACAGGUAAUUAAUACAUUAAUUAUUUCAGUAUAUAGUUAGCUAUGUUUGGUAACUUCAAGUGGAUAUUGCAUUCCUCUUAUUACUACCAUUGUUGACUUCCAUGUUCUAAGUGCACUUUGUUAAGCUGAAAUAAUUGGUAGAGAAAAUUGCAGAUUGAAAAUGUUGGGCAGUUUGGAAAUACCAUAUUUUUAAUCCUGCAUUGGAAGUUAGAAUCGUCAAAGGUUUUCCAUUCCUGGUUUUGUUAUCAUGAUCCUGAAGGAAGAUUUAUAUUUGGGAUAUUCAGAUAUGAAAUUUUCUUAACCUUUUUGAGCUACUGUCCUAUUUACUUGUCAGGUGGCAGCAUGAAUGAAAAAAGGCGUGAUUGCAUGUGAAGUUCAUUUGACGAUACUGCUUCUCCAAGGAGUAAAGAAACAAUGGUCAAAUUCAGGUUAGCAAGCAAGCAAGCAGACAUGGAAUCUUUAGUGGAUUUGAUGAAUUUGUGCUUUUAAAAAUCCAUGCAAGUUUUUUUUAAAAAGUAGCAGAUCAUUUCUUAGAACUGAUCUAAUAUGCCCACUCGUAUAGUAAAAUGUACAUGAAUUGAAUCCAAGCCAUUGAUAACCAUUUAUUGUGAUUGUAUAAUGAGCUCAGUGGCCACAUGGAGCAUUGCAUAUAGUUGAUGGCAGAAAUAACACAAUAUGAUUGACAGAUGAUAUACCUGAAAUGGCUUAUUUCAUAAGUCAUAAUGGAGAUAGCCCAGUUCAACGUCAUACUUGGUUCUGGAUUAACAUUAAGAAAAUCAAAUCCAUAAUCUAACAUAGGAAAAACAUAAACAUUUGUAACUUGAAAUAUAACAUUUAUAUGUAAUCUAGACUGUUCCUUUAAAAAAUAUUUUUCUUUGAACUAUCUGUAUUUUUAGGGACAAUUAACAAGUAAAUGAUGCUGCAAUAAUAGUCUUUACAUUGGUAUUCCAAAUUUCAUUUAUGGCUAAUAAGCCCUCCCACUUUUUGAUUAAUUUCUAGCAUUCUUUGUCUUUUCAAUUUUAUAUACUGAUUUUAAUAUUUUAUUGUACAGACUUCCCCUGUGAGAGAUGCACAGCUCUUGAAUAUAAACAAAUGUAUGAAUGUGUCAAAGGGGCAGAUUAAACUCGGCUUUAGUGGGAGAGUAUUACAUUUAAAAGCUCAGUCUCUAAACAAAGCUCUUUCUAUUCUCUAUAUUAUCAUGGUUGGAGAUCUAAGAACUGUUUUCUUAGGCAAGAAUUGAACCAUAACAGCUUCUACUACGGUUGAUAGUUGAUAGUGCUUGAAUUCAGCCUAGUACUGAAUAGAGUACAGUGGUAACCUUGACAAAUUUUAAGAUUAAAAUCAUAAUCCCUAACCCUUCAUUUUAUAUAUAUGAAUAAUAAUAUAAUAACUGAAUAUUGUUCCCUCUUGCAUCAAAGAGAAUCAAAAUGAGAUAUUCUUGAAUUUAUUUUUUUCACUCUCCUCUCUCUCUCUCUCUCUCUCUCUCUCUCUCUCUCUCUCUCUCUCUCUCUCCCCCCCCCCCCCACCUCGUUUAUGUAAUCAUUCUUGCAAUGCUCCUUUAACACUAUCUUCAUAUUACACUACAUGGUGUGGCUUUCAUUCCUUACGGAUAGGAAAAAUGGCUAAACAGAAGUGACAGCUAGCAGAAAAGAAGGGAUAGAGAGCACAUAGUUAAAGAAGACUUCAUGGGAACAGGCUACUUUCUAUAAACCUGUUUUUCUUCACCAAGCAGAAACUCUACUAAUUAUUUAUUGGUUCUGGGUUUGUUACUUAUGAAUGUUAUCAAUGUGGAAAAUAUUACAAAUUUUAGCACUGGGCAUGAGUCUUAGCCUGUUCGUAAAGCCCAUCAUCUCUGUCUCAAUGUUGUCCUGUUUUUAGUUGACCAAGAAUAUUUUUAUAUAAAAUCCUAGAUAGAGUCUAGGAUUUUUCCAGCCAUUGGUAUGUUCCAGAUGAUACUGACACCAAAAUUAUUAUUUACUUCACAGUUCUAGGAAACAAUUGAAAUGUGAUAAUCAAGAGUAUUAAUAUGAUUUAAAAUAAAUUCGAAUUGGGGUUAUCCUAAGCAGGCAUCCCCUUCAUUCUCCUAGCAAGACUGCUUUCAUUUAUUUUACCAUCUGCUCUUCAGUGCUGGAGAUGAUGCUGGAGAUAUGUGACUUGGGGCACUCAGGCGGAAACUGGCCUGCACAAGGCCAGGCAUGUGUUUGUCUCCUAGCAAUGCAGCGGUCAGCAACAAUUUUUUUUUGCUGCCAUAUCGGAGAGCAAGAGCUUGGAAAUAUUUGAGAUGCUAUAAGAUGGGCUGUAGGAAAGCAAGAUUUGGGGAGGGUCAGAGAAGACAAGCAACUGUGGUACGAAGGCAGACUGAUAGGCUACAUAUAGAUGUAAUAAAAGAGAUUAAAUAAUCAGAUCAUUUAAAGAUACUGAGAUAUUAGAAGACAGGGAUACACGGAGUUGGUAGUUGCUGAUAAAAUGACUUCAUCUGUCCCUCUAGCAGUGAAGAAAUAGGAACAGCAUGAAUCAAGAUUGAUGGUUGGAAAUGCCACAACAAAGCAAGAACAAUUCUACCACAUGUGGCGGUUAUGUUAAAAACCUCAAAGGUAUCAUAAAGAAAUAAUCAACAUAUUCAAAAAAAAAUCCAAACAAUACAUUUCAAACUGCAGCCAUAUAUAUUUUUAUUAGGUAUGAUUCCAGAAACAAAACAAAAUAAAAAAAUCACAGUUUGCUAAGAUAUUUGUUAACAAUUGCAAAAGCAAACUUGUCACAACACUGGAAAAAAGAAAUCUUGAUGAUGUCAGAUUGGGAUACUAAAAUUGGAGCAUAAGCUGUAAUGGCAAAAUGGACAGUAUAUCUGGGUCAACUACUACAUGACCCAGACAGCAGGGUUUUUUUCAGAAUUUCUGUAUUAUAUGAGGAUAUUUUGUGCAAAUGGUUCUUGUGGCAGUAAUAUCGGUGAUAAUUCUCACAUUCUUCUAAAGCAAGGGUACCAUCAAGAAAGCCUCCAGAGGUAUGGCUUCAAUGCACAGGUAACUAGGAAGUGGUUAUCAGGCAUUGGGUGAUAUCAGCAGGGCCCCUUUUGUUAACAUCUUUUCAUCAUAACGUGGGGACCCUACUAUCUUCCCAAGCAAUUGGAACUUCAACAGGAAUGAGCAUGUUUGGAUGGACUAUAUGGCUGAUGAAGUAAAAACAGAUCCAACAGUAAGUUUGAUUGCUGACAGCUGAUUAACAUUUAAAGAGAUUCUUUGCUCCUUAAGAUCUAGUUUCCAUGCUAUGAAGAAGCAGCAGGAUGAAAUGGAUGAGCAGCAUAGAUUCUCAAGCACCACCUGCAGAGUGACCCAAGAUAAGGUGUUGGAAUUGGAAUGGAGGCUUCACAAGUCCUCAAGCUGUUAAUACAUCAAUUUAAUGCAUCUUCACUGCAUCAGAGGAUGCAUAUUGACAGAUCUGUUAGGACAUGUCUACAGAUGUCCUAACAUUUCCAUGACACUAUGGUAUGAGGAACUGAUAGCCAAAGGAACUGUGAUGGCUUCUCAUUAGCCAAGAUGCCUGUUGAGGUUAGAAUUUCAAGACCUAUAGUCCAUGCAAGAAAAGAUGUCUUAUUUACAUCCCAGUAGAUGAACAGCAGGAGCCAAAUUAUAUUACUUAAGACAAGUUCUAAAGAGCUAGAUAGGCAUCAGAGAAAGGGGAAUUGAUUUUAUUAUAUUCUAGCUGUUAAAGUAAAAUGAGUUUAGCUUAUCUCUCUCUAAGAUGAGUUAGAAAAGCUUUCCCUGCCUGAACAAAUGGGAGUGGAAGAAGCCACAUAGCUUUAUAAAAAGGAAUAGUCUUAUUACAUCACUGCGUACGUGUGCUUAUACACCAUACCCCAAGACCAUAACAAGGUGAGCUAAUUCUUUUCUAAAGCAGCUAGGCUUCCAUUCAAAUAUUUUUACAAAUGUUCAUCCAGUUCAGUAAGGAUGAUAUACUUCCUAUAAUUUCUGGGCAAAGACCCAAAUACAGUCCUACAACUCGUAGAACCAUAUUUAGUCUUGCAUAAAUUGAAUGCAGCAUUUGUGUUGGUUUAUGGUUCAGUGUGUCUUACGAAUCCAGAAAAUUGGGUUAAUUGAAUAAACCAUGGUUUUGUACAUAAUGAAUAAACUUUGCUUAAACACAGCCAAAAAGCUGUAUUCAGUUUAUAUUCAUCAUAACUCACUAUGGGCAGUCCUCAACUUAAAACCAUUUAGUACCAUUCAAAGUUACAAAAGCAUUUUUUCAAGUGAGCUUAUGACUCUUUUCACAUGACCGUUGCAGCAUCCCCCAUGGUCACAUGAUCAAAAUUUGGAUGUUUUGUAACUGGCAUGUAUUUAUGAUAGUUGCAGUGUCCAGGGAUCAGGUGAUCACCUUUUGCAAUCUUAUGAAAAGCAAAGUCAGUGGGAAAGCCAGAUUCCCUUAACAACCGUAUACACCAUACACUGCAUCUUAAAUGCAGUGAUUCGCUUAAUGACUGGUAAGAAAGAUUGUAUAGCGGGACAAAACUCACUUAAGAACUGUUCUGCUUAGCAAAGGAUAUUUGGGGUCAAGUGGUCAUAAGUUGAGGACAACCUGUAACAGCAUUGCUUUUUAUUCCUCUGUAAAUAUGUAGGGAACAUACAUAAAAGUACUUCUGUGAUAUAUAUCAUGUUUAUAUUAACUGUCCAUAAAACCAGUCAUUUCCUUAAACAUGGACACUUAUGCCUAAUGUGAUAAUUUAUUUCUACUUAAAAUUUAAUUGUUAACCAGGUUUAUGAUUAACCAUUAUACUUAGCUUUAAUAUCAAUCAAACUAUAGAAACUAGUAGAAACUGAAAAUGGUUUGUCUUUAAGGGCAAGCUGUCUUGUUACUUAUGAAUAAAUACUGAUCUCUUUAACUAGUAGAGUUUGUUUUAGCUAAUGUUGUUUGUAAUGAAAUUUAGCUUUAUGGUGCUUUUCUUAGCAACUAAUGUCAGAAACUGAAGUCUAGCUAGGAUUAUGUUUCAUAAGCUCAUUUAUCUUUUUGAUUAUUUUUCUAUAAAGAUAGUGUAUGUGUCUAGUGAGCUAUUAAGUAUUUUUUGACAAAGCAGUUCUGCUUGCUUUUGUAAAUCCACAUGAUCCGUCCUCGUUUACUCAAGUUUGCUUUUCAUGCUUGUGUAUCUUAAUAUGCCACUCAACUGUAUAGAAGAGACACAUUAACUCAGCUGUAGUUUAAAAGGGUAAAAGUAAUUAAGGUUCCUCUUUUUAAUUUUAUAGAUGUCAUAUCAGUUUGGUCAUACAAAUAAUUGAUGAGUAGUGGCAAUUUCAGGGAGAAAUAUUUCCAUCAAAUCCAUAUUGGUGUAUAUGCAGCAGUCAAAGAGACUGUGUGGCAGAAAUGUUGGUAUUCUGAACAAAUUAAACAGCACUUGGUAAUUGGUUAUGAUGUGUCGUUAUAUGGUGUUAUUCCUGCAGCCUGAAUGCAUUUUUUUUAAAGCAGACCCCCCCCCCAAAAUUGUAUCCAAAUUUCACUUCUCCAUCUCUCAUUUUAACAUGCUGAAAAGUCUUAUCUGCACUUUUCAUAACAAUAUGUAAUAUUGUAAUAUGGAAUUCCCUUUAUCAGCUUUACAGAAGCAGCUCCAACUUUGUUGAAAUGUGCUUUUUUUCACUUUUUUUAAAAUCCAUGACAUGAGAACCCAAGAUAGCUUACACACUAAGCUACCUACUUUUAUCUCAGAACAGCAACUUUAGGAGGUGAAUUGUGCUAAAAGUGACAGUCACAAAGCUACUGAAAGAUCUUUGGAGUUUAUUGGGACUUGAUUCUAGAUCUCUCUGGUUCCAGUCUAAUAUUUCAAUCACUCCAUUGCACUGGCUAAUGCAUCUGAAUGAGCAAUAAUAGCUGAUAUACUUAUUGCCUGUGCAUUUCAAACUGCAUUUCACACUGGUUACUUUUAAAUAUUUCAUUCAGAGGAAAUAAUUGUUGUGAAAAUAUUUUUUUUUCUUUUUGUGUUAAUUUAUUAGUAUUACCUUUUCAUUCUUCCUGGUUUCCCUUCCUCUACUAAUGAAUGUCACUUCUCUUCUGUUCCUUUAUAUAAUACUUCUCAUAUACAGUAUUACUCUCAGCUCUGUAUUUACCCCUUCUAAAUCCCUUUUACCUCCUUUUAGUCCAUCUCCUUCUAUUGCUAUUGAAGUAAAGUGAGAAUACUGUCAGCAUCAUAAGGGGACAAGCUGUAAAACUGCAAAUCCCAGCGGGUUAAGUUGUGAUCCAUUUCAUUUCUACUUUGUCCUUGAAUGUGCAAAGGUGUUUAUUCAAGGGGGAGGGGCUGUACUGUAUUUGUGUCAAAAGAGAAUACAGCCCAGAACAAAUGGAGCUAACGAUGAAUAUAGGCCAAUUAUAGAUAAGACUCUAUGUAAAACUGGAGUAUCUUGCGGCUUUGGGCAAGCUACCAAGAACAUGGCAUAUAGCAGAAAUCACACGGAUAAGAUAUAUUGGAUGCUUUAUCCUUCUGUUGAAGAUGUGUUAUUUGCAUGUGUGGCUGCUGUAAAAGGACAAUCUCUACUUUCUGCAAAAGGCAAUCAUAGCAAUUCUUGGAUUCAUUGCAUAUAAAAUAAAGGUUGUCUCAAGAUUAGUCUGGCUUUUCAUUGCAGCAUGAACACUUUGUGACUUAUAGUUCACUCCAAUCCAAAAUGACUAUGGAUAUCUUACAUUCCCCUUUUCCAGUAAGAAGGUUAAAAAUGAAAAAUAAUAACACAGGAUAACCAUUAAAACUUAAUUUAAAAUCACAAAAGGUGUUGCACCCAAUCAAUACUCAAAAUAACAAAACGUAAUCUGUCAAAAGGGGACUUUUAUCAGUCAUUCCCAGGACCUGCUUAGUCUGGUUUUAAUGGCUUUCUUAAAAGUCAAAAAUGGGAGCUACAACUGAGGAACUUCAACUUCAUGGCCCUGAAGAUGAUUGUUUCUAAGAAAAUGGACCCAGAGCCAGCCUAACCCUGACUAUACCUGUACAUUAUGAAAAAGUCAUACAUCAUAAUUGGCAAUUGAUGAGGGCAAUUUUGUGUUUCACCACUAUGGAGAAGCUCCAUUGAAACCAAUACAUCUUGAACCUCUAGAAGAAAGAUAGGUUAUAAAAUAUGAAUAGAUAUGCUCCUGGACACUCUUUGAUGUUACGCCUAUCAACAAUUGAAAUGACAUGUGUUUUUCAUUUAUAUCCCUUUCUAUUAUAUUUGAGGCUGUGGCCUUGAAAACACUAGAUAAUCCUUUUGAAUAUCUUGAGGUUUACUUCUGAGUAAACACAUAUGGAAUUGUAACAUAAAUUGGGAAGGGAGUGUAUAAAGAGUUUUUAUAUAUACAAUAUUUCUGAUUAACAUUUUGCUUAUUUUGUCAUAACAGGAGAUAUGAUUAGUCACAGGCAACCAGAUGUUUAGACUGGUAUUUGGCAUUUUUAUCCACCAGAGUCUUUCCCAAGGACCUGGGACAAGCAGUUGUGGAUUUUUGAUGUUGUUACAGUUAUGAUCAUGAGAUGUAAAUUGUUCCAAGUAAAGCUGCCUUUUGCAAAUCACUGUUGGUGAUUUGUCAGUGUAGAUGAUGUUCAAAUGAUGCUCCAGAUGUUUUGGGAUUGCAUAUCAAGGGCCUAUUGCAGUGGUGGGCUGCUGCCGGUUCGGACUGGUUCAAGCAAACCAGUAGUUUCGACCAGUGGCUGGCCCUGCCACAUCCUAUAUAAUAAUCGAUGCCACGCACACUCACAUUUUCUGUUCUGGGUGAACUGGUUAUUACAACUGGCAGCUGGCCACCACCUGCCUAUUGGUACUAUCUUUCAUGUCUGGGACACAGUUGUUCUAUUUGCAAGUUUCUGUAUUUUGUGAUUUUUUAAAAAAAUACAAAUACAUCAAAGAUACUACCAACGGUAAUGGGCCCUUUGCAUGCAAUCCAAAACACAUCUACAUUUUUCUUCCAUUCUGUUGUCUCCAGGCACUGCAACAUCUACAAUUCAGACUUUUUGCCUGUUACUUGUCUGAUUUCUGAAGUCCCAGAGCACUUUAUUUUAUUCAUUUUCUAUUACUUUGCCUAUUUUAUGGUUCCACCAGUUUUUGCUUGCUGACAAAUAGUAUUCCUUGCAGAUAUUCCAAUGCACCAUUGUUGCUGUUUUGUCAUCCAUUGUUUGUAGUCAAUCUAUAGCUGGUCGUUCUUGUGUUGUAGAAAAAUAUUACAUAUUUGUGAAAUUUUAUCUUUUGAGUAUUUUACUUUGGAAUAUUAAUAUGUCUCAUUGCAAUAGACAUUU